UUAGAAUGUUUUUGUGUUGUUUGUCUACAAUAGGUGAUUGUAACAUGGCUACAAGUGAUUCAACAGUAUUUUCAUAUUGUCUUCCAAGGAAUAUUUUACCUGGAUUAGCUAUCACGUUUUCAUUAAUGUUUACUGUGUCUGGUGUUGAAUUUUGCUACUAUGGAAGAAACAUCAAGAGCAUUCAUGGAUUUCAGAACCAGUCUUGUUCAAGUGGUGAGCUGCACAUCCUGAACAUCUUCCUUGAUACAGAACAGCAGACCACACUUACCAGCGGCAGAAAUGAGCAUGUUACUCAGGGUAGCUCCUCUUUCAGUCACUCAGCUAUUAAGUCGUUGGAACAAAAGAAACAGUUUUGUUAUGUAUUUAGAUAUGUGACAACACAUCCUUUACCAGAUGACUUCAUUCAUGAAUCAGUGCAAGUGACCUAUGGCUGUGAUUAUGAUGACAUCUGUAUCAACAGAACACUUAAUGAAGUUUUGAAUAAUGUGACCAUAAAUAAUCAUAUGGGGAAGCUGUACUGCUGUUCCAAAGAUAAUUGCAAUGAUUUAGAGAAGGUUCAUUCUUCUUCUGAAAAUCGUGUGUGUCAUGAAAGCAUGAAAAAUUUGACCUCUGUUUCUGUUGGUGGCUUAAAAUCUUGCCAGCAUGCUGAUGCAGUGUGUGCCAAAUCAACUGUUUACUUGCCAGAAGGAAAAAUUGAGAAGUACUUUUGUGACAAUGAGAAUCUGUGUACUGGCAAACUUGUAUUAGGAGCUUUUCAAUCCUGUACCAACCAAACUGAAGAUAAUGUUACAAAAGAAUUGUGUUGCUGUGACCACAGCAAGUGCUAUUCACCUCCUUGGCUUGAUGUAUCCUAUCCCAAUGAAGAAUUUGAUCCAGAAAACUUUCCGUCAUUGUCCAAAUUGGAUAAGACCAUUGAAAAGCCAGGAGCAGAAAGGACAGAUAGUCUGCUAAUCACUGGUCUAUUGACAGUGCUGCUUUUUGUCAGUGGACUUGGAGCUGGAGCUGUGUUUAUCCUAAGCUGCAAAAAGCGCAGGAAAAAUAGGCAAGAUCCAAAUGUCAUCAUGCAAUAUGAACGUUUGUCAUCAGACAUUGAUGUAGAUGAAGCUGUAGUUUUAUAAUUUCAGCCAUUGAAUGCAUUCUUUUUAUAAAGAGGAGAGGAAAAAAAUUAAUUUCAAUAAUUUUAAUAAAAAAAUCUUUCUCUUAUUACAAUGUAAAUUAUGUACAUUACAAUUGUUAAAACUCAGAUUUGUAGGUUUUAUUCAAUUUAAACUCAUGAUUUAAACGAGAACUUCAAUUUGAUUUAUAAAAUUAAUUGAGCAUAAUUUUCUAUGACCAGUAUUUAGUGAAUCUGAGCAUAAAUACUCAUGUAUAUUUUUACUUUCAGUUCUAAGAUUUUAUAAAACUACAUUUACACUAUUGUUGUUGCAUAUUGAGUCUAACAUAAUAUCUAUCCAUUUUUAUUACAAUUUGUGCAAAUUAGUAUUAGUCUAAUUUUAUGUAUAUUUUUAAAUGCAUAUUUUGUUUUAUAUGUUUGAAAAACAGAUUUUCUUUAUAGAAAAAAAUGCAAAGUAUGGUUUUUAAUAGCAAUGUUCUUGUAAUGGAUAAUACUAACAUAACAUAGAUGUAGCAGUAAUUCAGGAAAAUGUUUUUCUUUUAUUGAUUCAAGAAACAAGAAUUAUAGAUUUGACUAAACAUUGACUAUUAAGUCAUUUCAGUGCAAUAAAUAUGCCAUUAUCUAUGCAUAUACCUUAUGUGGUCACAUUUUGACUCACAGUGUAGCAUUUCAUACAGUAUUUUCUCUGUUUUGCUGCCUAUACGUCUUGCACUAGAUUUUCUGACACUGACUGGAAAUGUUAGUGAUAUCUUUUUUUUUCUUCUUAAAAUGUCCUGUCACUUUUUUAUUGUGUUUCUUUUACCAGUUUUUUUUUUCAAUUACAAUUUUUAUUUGAGUAAACUACUUGAUUUUUUUUUUUUUGUAAGUCUUACAAUCAAAAUUUGUAAAAAUAUGUAAAACUCCUGUUCUUAAAAAUGGCUGAAAAUAUUUUGUUUGCUUUGUCAACAAGAUUUCUGUAUUUUUGUUAAAUGUUUGUAUUUACAUUAAUUUUUGUUAGAAACUUAUGUCAGAUAUAUUGGACUAUGAAUUUAACACAUUUUUUGGGUAGCUGAUACUCUUUCAAUUUUUCUUUUUUACUAUUUUUAAAUUUUCCUUUCAUUACAAAUGAAAUUGUUUCAUUUUCAGUACAGCAUUUAAAAAUUGUUGAGUAGUGUAAUCGACUAGUUCUACUUCAACAUGUUUUAUAUGUAAUAUGGUGUCAUAUUUUACAAUACUCUAUUCCAGUUAGAAUUACCUGGGACUUGGAACGCUGAUCUCAAAAACAGCUCUUAUGAUUUUCCUAGAUAUUUAACACUCGAUGUAUAUCACUGAGAAAAGAAUUACUAGCUCGUUGGCCACACGGGGAAAAUCUAGUUUGACCGCCCAUGAUAAUUUUUCAAAGAAAAAAUAAAGAAAGUAAAUUUGGCUUGAGAACUAGACUUAGAUCGAAAGCCAACAUCAGUUUUGAAAGAACUAUCUUGUUCAGGAAUUACUGAAUGUAAGGCAUUAUUGAUUCAAGAGUUAAAUAAAUAAAUGUUCAGGAAAAUGAUGUGCACAUAGUUUUCUAAGUCUAGAUUUAAAGACUUAUCAUUGGAAUUAUUAAAUAAAUUUUAAAAACAUGUUGUAGUUAGUAGUACUGUAUCAAUAACUGAGCUGUUUAUAAAAUUAAAAGUUGGUUUAAGUUUAUUGAAAGAUUAUCUAAUCUCAUAAUUUUACGUAAAUCUAAUAUAUAUAUAUAUAUUACAUCUAGAAGUAGAUCUAGACCUAGACUAGAUCUUAAGAGUUCUAAAUCAGAGACUAGAUCUAGAUGUCCAAAUAAUGGAAGUACCAAUAAAUAAUUGCACAUCAUUCGUUCAAGCAGCUGAUGAUGUCAAAAACACUGGUUCAAUACCUGGUUUAAACCAAACAUUUUAAAAAAAUAUUUUUUUUAUCAUAUUUUAAAUUGAAUAAUGGAGGUAUAGUCUUUUUAAAAAAUUUAUUUUUUUAAUGUUUUGUUUGUUUUUUAAUCUGACGCAUAAUAUCUUCAGCCUAGUUUUCCUGUUCUUUAAUUUUCUUAUCCAAUUAGUUCAUAUUUUUUGUCUACUUUUUGUUUAUUUGUGCAACAGACUAUCUCUUUGUUCAAUCCUCAAUGUUAACUGUUGUUUGGUCAUCUAGUAGCAUUAGUCAGUGUGUGUUAUUUUUAUCAAUCUGUUUGAGCUUAUGAAAUCUGAUUUUGUAAAUACAUUUCUCAAUCAGACAGAUGAGUUGUUGAAUUAAAAAUUCAAUGAUACAUGCCUUUUUAAAAAAAACUUUUUUGUCAAAGUUGUUUGGUGUCAUUAAUGAUAAUUUCAAAUUUGUUUGUGUAUUGUUUCAAAAUGAAGUCAUUUCUCUCUCAAGAUAUAUUUAUUUUUAUCUUUAUGUUCAGUGUCAACAUUUUUUUUUUUACCAUUCGAAAUAUUUUUUUAUUUUGAAUAAUAUUUUUGGUUUUAACUCCACAUUAUGUAAAAAAAAAUUAUUAAUUUGUGUUUUUUUUACUACCAAAGUGUAAAUAGUGUGUAAUAAGCAUUAAUUAUUUGUUUGUAAUAACCACAUUUGUUACUAUGUUGUCAUUACAAACUUUGACCUAGUGAACUUGCAAAACUUAUGUUGGUCAGUGGUACAUUAGAUACAACUAUGUGUGCCUUAUGCUUCUAGUAAUCUGCUUGAACAGUUAAAUCAUCAUGGACAUGUUUUCUUUUUACAUGUAACACACAGUAUGUGUCUUUUUUUCACUCAUGACACUGUGAUAUGUGCCGAUGCUCUUUGAAAUAAUUCAUUUGUCUUUAAACAAACAAAAAAUUCUUUUAGUGCAUAAUAUGGUAAUUUUUUUCCUUUUUAUGGGUUGUGACUAUUUAUUCUCCAAGGUCUAUUUGAUGACUUAUUAGAUCCAAAUUUUAAAAAUCUCAAUCAUGAAAUCAAAUUUUUGACCAUACAUAGGGUAUUAAAAUAAUUCAAAUCAAUGGGCUUAUUAAAUUAGAUUUAAAAAAAAAGAAAUGAAAACAAAAUUUAGAAAGUUGUCUUGAAGGUUAGAUCUUGUUUUGGAAUAAAUUCCUUUUCUAACCAGGUUUUUGAUGCUCUGAUGUUGGUUCUUAAAGAGCCUGUGCCAUGAAAUAUUGAACUUUGUUCUCUGCAUGGCCAUACAUGGUAUUGGUUUGUUGAGGUGAUGGGGCCUAUCUGAGCUGCAUUGGGAUACAUUAGAAACUAUGGGGCCUAAGAAGCAGUCCACUGAGAGUCCAUGUUGAGGCUAGAUUUCAUUCUCUUCAGUCAUUUACCUAACUGAAAGUGUUUCCUGAGAAGGUAGUUUUGUUGGUUUUUAAAAAUCUUGUUGAACAAUCAGAUUAGAGAUCAAUGCCUUUGAUCAUAUCACCGUCAUGGAUACAUCAUGACUGUUACAUCAGGUUUAGAAAUAAGAAAAUGUACUUAAACAGGUGGACUUUAUAUGAAUACAAGAAAAAUACCAGUACCUAUCAUAAGAACAUAGUAAUUGAGAUUCCAUGUGGUCAUUGAGAACUCAUAUAUUUGUCAAGUCUGUUUCAUUAUUUUCAUCAGAUAAAUGUAUUUGCUGAGUUCCUCACCGCCAGCAUUGAGCCAAAACUUUAUCCUUCAGUCUAACAUUGUGAGUGGGACAUUCCUUUAUGAUGUAUCAUUUCUCAUAUUCAUACCAAAGGGAUCUACAAAAAUGUACUCAAACAAUAGAGUUCUCAAAAUUACAAAGCUUACUUUGGCUAUUUAUAUUUAUGUAUUUGUUUAACAGACUUUUUGGCAGUCCAACAUGGACUAUUUUGAUAUUGCAUUUUGUAAACUGACAUCUCACCUGCUGGCAUUAUUUGAACAAUUGUAACUCCAUUGACAACAGAAAUGACAUUUAAAUAAUGUAGUUCAAAGAAAGGAACAGAACACACAAUUGUAAUAUGUAUGUCAUUAUCUUUUUAUAAUGCGGAAUAUAUCUGCAUUUACUAAUCAAUACAGUUCUUUAUAUUAUUUGUUUGUAAUGAUACAGAGGUAAAAUGAAAGUAACUAUAUUUUCCCUACAUUUGUUUUAACAAGGUUAUUGUCAGGAAAUGUCAUCACAAAAUGGCACCUCUCCUCACGCUUACGCUUGACUUUAAUAGAUUAGGUUUAAAACCAAACAAUAUCUGUGUUUGUCAUAACAGUAAAAAACAAAUAACUUUUUAAAUCUUGAUUACUUCCCCUUUUAAUCUCUAGACACUGUCCAAUAUUUGGAAUCAUUUCUCUAGUCACGCCUUUCAGAGAAAAAUUAGUCUAUUAGUGUUGAGAAAGUCAGUUGAUAAAAGAAAACAAACAUGACUAUGUCAGUUGAUUUUGUCUUUACUUUUUGUAAUAUACCAUUAGACACUUGUUUCUGUUCACAAUGGUCACCACAUUGAUGUAGUCACAUGCCUUUUCUUACUGACUGCAAGUAUCAACUCUUAGAGUGAAGCAAUACAAAAACUUGUUCAUUGAAAUAAAGACACGAAUGUG